AUGGCAACGCGCGCCCCACAAAUUCAGGUGCCACCGAAGGAUUUCUGGUUCAUUGGCGAGGUGGAGGACAGCUGCAACGACAUUUGCCACUUCAAGGGCUUCGCGGGCUGCGAUGCGGAGAAAACGGCGGAGCUCGUGAACCAGUCAAGUAUCUCAGGGGUGGUGGAGAGCCUCAACAAGAACUGCAGCACCUUCGGCGUCCUAAACAACCGUUUCCCCGCAUACACGGCUAGCAACGAGAAGUGCUUCUACCUGGGCGGACAGCUGAAUUGCGACACCGCGACGUUUCCCUACCAGCCGGUGUGCCGCUGCAACACCACGACCUUGUCUACGACGCUGUCGGCGCGGUGGUUCGUGGGUGACGAGCACGACACCUGCAACGACCUGUGCCGAUACAAGGGAUACACAGGUUGCAAUGAAGCUACGACGGGGGAGCUCACAAGGCAGGGGAGAAUGCAACGCGUGAUGGACCACCUCAACAUGACCUGCGCACAGUGGAGCAGUAACAACUACUUCCCAUCCUACACUGCCAACAACGCGCAAUGCUACAAGUUGAAGACAGCCAUCGAUUGCGAUAGAAACCCAAGUGUAGCACAUCGGCCUGUCUGCGAGUGCAGUGAUACGACGUCGACGACGACCUUGUCGGCUCGGUGGUUCGUGGGCGAAUCACAGGACAGCUGCAACGAUCUCUGUCACUUCAAGGGAUACGCGGGUUGCGAUGUGGAAAAGACCGGAGAGCUUGUCAGGAGGCCGAGAGUGACAAGGGUUUUGGACCACCUGAACAUGACCUGCGCAUCGUGGGGCGCCGAUCGCGUGAACUUCGCGGGAUACAGCGAAAGCAGCGAGACGUGCUACCUUCUGAAGGGGGCAGCCGAUUGUGACAAGAGUCAGCUUAACAUUCAUCCAAUCUGCCACUGCAACGCCACAACGUCAACGACGACUUUGUCGGUUAUUUGGUGGCAGUUGGCUCGGUGGUUCGUGGGCGAUUCAGAAGACAGCUGCAAUGAUCUCUGUCACUUCAAGGGAUACGCGGGUUGCGAUGCAGAAAAGACCGGAGAGCUUUUCAGGAGGCCGAGAGUGACAAGGGUUUUGGACCACCUCAACAUGACCUGCGCAUCGUGGGGCGCCGAUCGCGUGAACUUCGCGGGAUACAGCGAAAGCAGCGAGACGUGCUACCUUCUGAAGGGGGCAGCCGAUUGUGACAAGAGUCAGCUUAACAUUCAUCCAAUCUGCCACUGCAACGCCACAACGUCAACGACGACUUUGUCGGUUAUUUGGUGGCAGUUGGUUAUGCAUGUAGCGAUACAGCGAAAGUGGCGGAAAUGGGAAGUGCUACUCUAUGAGCGGGGGAGCCGAUUGCGACAGGAGUGCCAACGGUAUCCAGCCCAUCUGCCACUGCAGCGCUACGACGUCGACGACCACAUUGGCUGCUUGAAUUGCACGAAGCAGAUUGAAGUGCGGUGGUUCGUGGGUGAGGCGGAGGACACCUGCAACGAUCUGUGCCAAUACAAGGGAUACGCGGGCUGCGAUGCAGAGACGACCGCGGGGCUUGUCAGGGAGCCAAUCAUGAGGCGGCUGCUGAACGGCCUGAACAAGAGCUGCGAUUCUUUUGGCAGCGCGCUCCUCAAAUUCCCGGCAUACGCGGAAUCCGCCCAGAGGUGCCACUACUUGUCUAAUGGUGGAAGCGGCAUGGAUUGCGACAGCUUUGCAUGGCCACAUCAGCCUGUGUGCCUCUGCAACAGCACGACGUUGUCGACGACGCUCUCCGCUUUGUGGUUCGUCGGUGAGGAGGGCGACAGCUGCGACGAUCUGUGUGAGUUCGAAGGAUAUGCCGGGUGCGACGCGGAGGAGACAGCAAAGCUCGUGAACCGGCCAAGAAUCGAGCGCCUGCUGGCGGGCCUAGACAACAGCAGCUGCAGCGACUGGGGCGAGUCCUUCCGCAGUGCAGCCUACAAUCCGGACAGCGGGAAGUGCUUCAAGUUGAAGGGGCAGGUGCAAUGCGACCUGACCGUGUCGACGACCGUUCGGCCGCUCUGCCACUGCAACAGCACGACCCUGACCUCGACCGUGGCAGCUGGGACCUGGGUCCUGGGCGUGGACGGCGACAGCUGCGACAACACGUGCGCAAGCCACGGCCACGAGCAGUGCGAUGCGUCCGAGAUGGAGCAGAUCUCCAGGCCUGCCAGAGCCAAGCGCGUCUUCGACAGCCUGAACCACAGCUGCAGCGCAGUCACGGACUGGCCCGCGCAUUCGCCCGGCCUUGGCUUCAAGCCGGGCGAUGGCAGGUGCUUCUUCUGGAGAAGCGCCUAUCCCGUGGACUGCUCCUUGGGCCAAGCCACCUUGCAGCCCCUCUGCUACUGCCAGACGACCACGACCACGACCGAUUUCUGGUUCAUUGGCGAGGUGGAGGACAGCUGCAACGACAUUUGCCACUUCAAGGGCUUCGCGGGCUGCGAUGCGGAGAAAACGGCGGAGCUCGUGAACCAGUCAAGUAUCUCAGGGGUGGUGGAGAGCCUCAACAAGAACUGCAGCACCUUCGGCGUCCUAAACAACCGUUUCCCCGCAUACACGGCUAGCAACGAGAAGUGCUUCUACCUGGGCGGACAGCUGAAUUGCGACACCGCGGCGUUUCCCUACCAGCCGGUGUGCCGCUGCAACACCACGACCUUGUCUACGACGCUGUCGGCGCGGUGGUUCGUGGGUGACGAGCACGACACCUGCAACGACCUGUGCCGAUACAAGGGAUACACAGGUUGCAAUGAAGCUACGACGGGGGAGCUCACAAGGCAGGGGAGAAUGCAACGCGUGAUGGACCACCUCAACAUGACCUGCGCACAGUGGAGCAGUUUCAGCUUCUUCCCAUCCUACACUGCCAACAACGCGCAAUGCUACAAGUUGAAGACAGCCAUCGAUUGCGAUAGAAACCCAAGUGUAGCACAUCGGCCUGUCUGCGAGUGCAGUGAUACGACGUCGACGACGACCUUGUCGGCUCGGUGGUUCGUGGGCGAUUCAGAAGACAGCUGCAACGAUCUCUGUCACUUCAAGGGAUACGCAGGUUGCGAUGCGGAAAAGACCGGAGAGCUUGUCAGGAGGCCGAGAGUGACAAGGGUUUUGGACCACCUCAACAUGACCUGCGCAUCGUGGGGCGCCGAUCGCGUGAACUUCGCGGGAUACAGCGAAAGCAGCGAGACGUGCUACCUUCUGAAGGGGGCAGCCGAUUGUGACAGGAGUCAGCUUAACAUUCAUCCAAUCUGCCACUGCAACGCCACAACGUCAACGACGACUUUGUCGGCUCGGUGGUUUUUGGGCGAGCCACAAGACAGCUGCAAUGAUCUCUGUCACUUCAAGGGAUACGCGGGUUGCGAUGCAGAAAAGACCGGAGAGCUUUUCAGAAGGCCAAGAGUGACAAGGGUUUUGGACCACCUGAACAUGACCUGCGCAUCGUGGGGCCCCAAUCGCUUGUACUUCGCAGGAUACAGCGAAAGUGGCGGAAAUGGGAAGUGCUACUCUAUGAGCGGGGCAGCCGAUUGCGACAGGAGUGCCAACGGUAUCCAGCCCAUCUGCCACUGCAGCGCUACGACGUCGACGACCACAUUGGUGCGGUGGUUCGUGGGUGAGGCGGAGGACACCUGCAACGAUCUGUGCCAAUACAAGGGAUACGCGGGCUGCGAUGCAGAGACGACCGCGGGGCUUGUCAGGGAGCCAAUCAUGAGGCGGCUGCUGAACGGCCUGAACAAGAGCUGCGAUUCUUUUGGCAGCGCGCUCCUCAAAUUCCCGGCAUACGCGGAAUCCGCCCAGAGGUGCCACUACUUGUCUAAUGGUGGAAGCGGCAUGGACUGCGACAGCUUCGCAUGGCCACAUCAGCCUGUGUGCCUCUGCAACAGCACGACGUUGUCGACGACGCUAUCCGCUUUGUGGUUCGUCGGUGAGGAGGGCGACAGCUGCGACGAUCUGUGUGAGUUCGAAGGAUAUGCCGGGUGCGACGCGGAGGAGACGGCAAAGCUCGUGAACCGGCCAAGAAUCGAGCGCCUGCUGGCGGGCCUAGACAACAGCAGCUGCAGCGACUGGGGCGAGUCCUUCCGCAGUGCAGCCUACAAUCCGGACAGCGGGAAGUGCUUCAAGUUGAAGGGGCAGGUGCAAUGCGACCUGACCGUGUCGACGACCGUUCGGCCGCUCUGCCACUGCAACAGCACGACCCUGACCUCGACCGUGGCAGCUGGGACCUGGGUCCUGGGCGUGGACGGCGACAGCUGCGACAACACGUGCGCAAGCCACGGCCACGAGCAGUGCGAUGCGUCCGAGAUGGAGCAGAUCUCCAGGCCUGCCAGAGCCAAGCGCGUCUUCGACAGCCUGAACCACAGCUGCAGCGCAGUCACGGACUGGCCCGCGCAUUCGCCCGGCCUUGGCUUCAAGCCGGGCGAUGGCAGGUGCUUCUUCUGGAGAAGCGCCUAUCCCGUGGACUGCUCCUUGGGCCAAGCCUUGCAGCCCCUCUGCUACUGCCAGACGACCACGACCACGACCUUUGCCAAUGGCAUCAAUGAGGUGGUUGUUACUACCAAAAGUGGGGGCGCGGGCUUUAGGGGGGUGGCCGUGACGGCCAACGGCAAGGCGGUCUUCGUUCCCGGGUCGGAUCAGGCCCACGUCUGUCAGAACAACGAACACACGCAGGUGGGAAUCCUUGACCUGACCUCGGGCAACUGGGAGACCUUCGAAGCCACGGAUUGCUCGCGGGGCAGGGCAAACGCUACCCCUUUGCCCGCGAACGGCUGGCACGGUGCUGCGGCUGUGGGCAACAAAGUCGUCUUCGCUCCAGCCCAGCACUUCCACACAGGCAGCAUCAACACAAACUACACGGGCGUGACAGCAGUCGUUGGGGUCUUCGAUGUAGGAGUGCAGCCCUACACGUUGACUCGCUUUGACAUCAGCAGCCUGAUGCCUGCUAACACCCAGUCCCUUUUCGACGGCGCGGUGGCGGUCGGCACGGUGGUGGUCUUCACACCGCAGACGUACGCAACAACAAACAAGGCCGUGGGUGUCUUUGACCCGAACAACCUCACAGAGCCGUACAGGGAAGCGAAGUGGCCAGUGAGCUUGGUGGUCCAAGCAGGGGCUGGAGGGGGCGCGACCUUUCAGGGUGCCGUGGCGGUGGGCAAUAAGGCCGUGUUCUGCCCCUUCAGAGGCAAGCAGAUCAUGACCUACGCGCCCGAACUACCCGAUGACCAAGCCUUCGAGUUGGUGGACAUCAGCAGCAUCACUACCGCAGGCGAUUACCUCUUUCACGGAGGUGCAGCUGUGGGCACCAAGGUCUACUGUGCACCCUGGCAGGAGGAUGGCAUCCUCGUCUACGACGUUGAAACCAAAGCCUAUGACUUGAUUCUCGUCAGCCUCUUCACCUCGACCGGCUACACCUUCUAUUCGGCGGCGGCUCUGGGGCCCAAGGUUUACUUCGCUCCCGGUGAUGGAGGGGUCCUGCUGUCCCUCGACACGACUGACAACUCCACGCACACAGACAGCAGCCUGAGCUCGGACGUCCGGCGGAACCUCUACUCCUACUACUCUGGCGUUUCCGACCCCUCCACCGGAUCGGCGAUCUUCUCACCCCAAGCUGCUCGGGCCGUCCUCCUCAUCCGCUCCACGACCACCACGACGACCUUCUCCGACGGCAUCCACGAGAUAUCCCUUUCUACGAACAGGGCUGGGUACGUGGGUGUUGCUGUGACGGCCAGCGGCAAGGCGGUCUUCGCGCCGUCGGAGCGUGAGAACCUCGUCUGCGUGCGGCCUGAGGCCACGGAGGUGGGGAUUCUGGACGUCAUCUCGGGUGAGUGGGAGACCUUCCAACUCACAGAUUGCUCGAAUGGAAAGGCAAACGCUGCUCCUUUGCCUGCAAACGGCUGGUACGGUGCUGCGGCCGUGGGCGACAAGGUUGUCUUCGCACCAGCAGGACACAGAUGGACGUCUUCAAUCAACUCAAACUUUGCGGGUGUGACAGCAGUCGUUGGGGUCUUCGAUGUGGGAGUGCAGCCCUACAAGUUCACUCGAGUGGAUAUCAGCAGUUUGGUUCCCGCUGCCACCAAUGAGCAUUUCUACGGCGCGGUGACGGUGGGUUCGGUGGUGGUCCUCACUCCACAGGGGCUCGUAAGUACAGCACAAGCCGUGGGCGUCUUUGACCCAAACAAUGCCACGCAGCCGUACAGGGAGGCGAAGUGGCCAGCGAGCAUUGUUGUCCAAGCAGGGGCGACCUUUGCAAAUGCUGUGGCGGCGGGCAACAAGGCCGUUGCCUGCCCAUACCGAGGCAAGCAGAUCAUGACCUACGCACCCGAGCUACCGGAUGACCAAGCCUUCGAGGUGGUCGACAUUAGCAGCAUCGCUACCUAUGGCGCUUCCGGCGUGGGAUUUCACGGAGGUGCAGCUGUGGGCACCAAGGUCUACUGUGCACCCUAUGAGGAGGACGGCAUCCUCGUCUACGACGUGGACACCAAAGCCUAUGACUUGAUUCUCGUCAGCCUCUUCGCCUCUGGGGAAAGCUUCUUUUCAGCAGCGGCGCUCGGGCCCAUCGUCUACUUUGCACCCGGUGCAGGUGCUGUCCUGCUGUCCCUGGACACGCGCGACAACUCCACGCACACCAACGGCAGCUUUGGUAGCGAUGUCACCUACGGCUCCCGAAGCUACUCGCAUGGCACCGCGGAUGCCUCGAGCGGAACGGUGGUCUUCUCGCCCUUUCUCGCAAAGGCCGCCCUCCUCAUCCGAUCUUAA